AUGAUCCAACUCAAGACGAUGCUUAAUUGCAUCGACAACUCAGGAGCCGCCGUUGUUGAAUGCGUGAAUGUUCUAAAGAAGAAAAGCCCGGCUACCAUUGGAGACCGCAUCGUCGUCGUCGUCCAGAAACAGCGAAACUUUGGUCCCGAAAACUCUACAAACAGCGGUAUUGCCAACAAAGUCCGUCGCGGUGACAUUCGCCAUGCAGUGGUCGUUCGAGCCCGCAAGGAGAUUCAGCGACCGGAUGGAAGUCUCAUCAAGUUUGACGAUAAUGCAUGCGUCUUGGUUAACAAGGCUGGUGAGCCUAUCGGUACUCGAUUGAAUGGUAUUGUCGGAGCUGAGCUACGGGGAAAGCAAUGGUCAAAGAUCUUGUCACUGGCACCGAUGCAUUUGUAA